GGUGGAUGCCGACGGGUCCAGUUUAUACCCUCAGAAAGUGGAUAUUAUUUCAAGGACCACGUGUUCUUAAAUCUUUCCAUUGGAAUUCACGCAUCGUGCGAGCAUCGAUGCGUCAUGGAGAGUGAAUGUGUGUCGAUCAAUGUUGGUCCACCAAUAAACGACAAACUGAUAUGUGAGUUAAGUAACUCUGAUCAUUGGCAUCACCCUAAAGAUCUUCAACCAAGACACGGCUGGACAUAUAGAGGAGCAGAGGUAAUUGAGUUCAAGGUCGUGUCUUGAUGCUGUUUUUGCUAGCAAGUGUGAUGAUAUUUUAAAUGCCGAAGGCUGAGGCAAAAAAUAGGCCACUUCCGAGUUCCAAAAACCCUCACUUUCAAAAUGAGGCCAAGUGCACAACCUUUCUAAGGGACAAUGAGUAAUUUUGCAUGAGAAUUGAAAAAUCAUUUCCAUAUCAAAGUUGAUACAGAGCCCUCGUUUUGAUACAGAGGCCCAGGGGAACUCGGAAAUGGCCUAUUCAUUUUGAUCUAGGAGACACUGGCAAAUAACGCUAUUUUGCGAUAACCGAGUUCAAUAACUGUUUUAUCAUUCGAUCACCAAAUUUGUUUUUUAAUAUCAUCGGGAAGCGGAGCGAUCUACCAUUUUUCAAGCAAGACUUAGAGCGAUCGCAAGAAGGAGAAAACCGUGGUUUUGUUUACGCUUGAGCAGAAUAAUAUAUAGAUUUAGCCAGGGCUAAAAGCGAAGCUCCCAUUAAUAAAUUUAUGAUUUAAAUCAAACAAUAAACUUGUAAUCCACAAAUCAGUUAACUUAAGGGCACAUAUGUGACUUUUUAGGGAAAGCUAAGGCUAAGUGAUUUUAGACUGAAAAAAAAUCCUUCAUCGAAUUGAUAGCCGGUAUAUAUACACCCAAAAAAUAGCAAUCAUCGUCGAUCACAUUUAAGAGCCAUAAUAGCUCUUGAUCACAGUAGAUCAGGCCUGGAAAACGAAUUCAUGGAAAAAACAAAUCAGGCCGAAUUUUUUGCGUUCGACAAGUUUACUUAACAAAAUCUUGCCAACAACUCUGGGAGCGUGUAAACCAACAUUUCAUACUUUUUAUGCAUCACAUCUGAGGUGAAACAGUAAUAUGAGGCGCUGUUUUUAUCAUACAGACCUCAGACAAAAUGCAGUAUUUCACAAUUUUUCAAGACAAAUUGCAUUCAUUCAAUAUUCAGAACCGUACGAAGCACGCGUGGGCUUUUAGCAAAACCGUUCAAAAAAUUUUUCAAAAUCACCUAUACGGCCAGCCGGUUGUCACUUUUGACAAGCGCCAAAUUUUCAGUGAACAUUGAAAGAGUUACGCUUCAACAUAAUAAAGAAUUUAUUGUUUAUUUUUUUUAUUUAAUGGUUUUAUAACGAUGUGCAAACGCGCGGCAUUUUGAGUAUUCCUGCAAGCGUUGUCUAUGAACGACUGAAAACAAACAGCAAAGCGAUUAAAAUUGCAAGAUACUACUAACAAUCAAUAAAAGAAAUGUAAUUCAGUGAAACAUUUACAGAGACAUCAAUUUUCAUUCACGAAGAAAGGUAUUAAAGCGUCUCUAAAAAUCCUGAGUCUUUACGCUUAAUAAGCCUAAAGCUUUUAGCCGGCUUCCUGGUGUUUACCGUUUUCAGAGAUGAGCUCGAGGCAAGAAAAUCGCUCAAAGCUUUCUUUCUACAGCCAAAAUUAUAACUAAAUACUCUUCGGAACGUUUUUUCAUUUUAUAUGCGGAGAGAAAAUAUCGACUAAAGGCUUUUUAAAGCUCUGUAAGCUUAUAUAUACUAGAUCAGAUCAUUGUCUCAGAUCUUAAUACAAACGUGCAUAAAUUAGCCUCAUAAACUGCGCUCGACUUCAUGAAAUUAGAUAUAAAAAGAACAAACAUACACUGUAUACAAUAAUUACUCAGGCUUACCAUUCGAGAUGCAGCUCUUGAAAGCUAUCAUGCAAGUAAGGCCAGAGUCGCUUGAGGGACUUUUCAAUCCCGCAUCCAGCAAGGUGAAAAACGAAAACGAUGCAUCCGAAAUCGGAUUUCCAACUUUGACAACCGGCGCAUUUCCCAACCAAAAAUUCAAUAAACAAACCAGCCAUGAAUCAAAGAAGACUGUUGAUAGCAGCUGUAUUUCAUUUUAAGCAUCCAGUGGAAAAAGACAGUAAAAAACAUCACAAGUUGACAAAAUACUCUGUCAGCUUCAGCUAUCAAAGUAGACAAGGUUCAAGAUGCUGUAUAAAUUUUCUGCAUGAACUACACCUGUCAAAUUUUGACCAAUCAGAGCAUAAAAAUUGGACGGUCGUAGAGCGUGAUCAACGCGUGACUAUGGUGAGAAAAGUGAAAAGCCUCUGUCUUCCCUGCUUGUAUUUUUAAAUGAUUGGCUGAAUUUUCGCGUCCGAGAUCAGUUUGAAAUCAAUAUGUUAAUAACACGGGGCCAUAGUGACAUUAACACAACACUUUCUGUCAUCAUGUCAUUAUGUUGCUGCCGUUCUCUUUGCCUUUGUAUUUCUCUUUCGCGUUGCCUUUGUCUGUUCAUUCUUGCCCUGUCUCGUUCUGCUUGCCGGCGUUUUUCACUAUAAUUUUCUCUCCUUCUUCUCGCUCUGACUUUUUCUACUUGCUGACUUUCUUCGCUAAAAUGUUGUCUUCUUCUUCUACCUCUAACGCGCUCUCUUUGGCGAUCGUCUUCGCUUGUUCUACGCGUGUUGACUCUUGCUCUCUGCCGUUCACCUUCUCUUUGCUCUCUGCUUAAAACCUGUCAUCUACACGCUAAAAUCUCUCUGCUGUUGUUUGUUGACAUAAUAGCUUUCGUAAGUUGUAAUAAAAAGUUAUAAAGGCUCUGUCGAAAAAUCUUUUUGCUAAGUUGCUUUGAAAUUUCUUUUUUCAAAACCAGUUGCGCGAUAUAAUUGCGCCAAAAAAUCUCUACUUUCCCCUACCCCAAGAGUCCAUGCGGACUACUUUCCACUACCCGGAAAGUCCGUACGGACGGACGUACGCUGACGUCAUAACCAAAAUUUCUCGGAUGGGUAGUUUAUCUUAGUCAUGGUGCUCCGCUCGCACGCGCUUCGCGCGCGCAAGGAGCUCCGCUAUUAUUUGUACCCCGGGUACGGGAGUUUUGUUUAUCGCGUGCGACGAGAAGCUUCGUUGGUCGGAGGCCAUAAUUUGUAGGCAGUUAUUUGUAGGUCACGUGCUGGGCUUUCGGCCAAUGAAAAGGAGGAAAAUUUCCAUCCAAUGAUAAUAAGUUUAAUAGUUAUUAAAGGGACUAUGCCAAGCCAUUUGCUAUCUCUUUAAAAAGCUCAAACUUUUUUUCACCUCAACUGAAUUCAUAAAAAAAUGCAUCGCCCAGAACACUAUAAUUAGGGAGCUUAAGCAACAACGAUGGCGACGGGUACGAAAACGUCACUUAAAAAGUGAAAUCGCGUUUCGUCAAACUUUAUUGCGCUUCUUCCAUGUGGUCUAAUUCGUCAAAUGUUGGCAAAUGCAAGAAAAAAAGUUGUCUUGUGUUCCCGUUCUCGAUAAAACGUGUCUUAAUAAGGCAUUUUCACGUUGUAUUCGGCUAAAAAAUGUUCAAAACUGAAAGAGUGAUGCGUGUACAAAGUUGUUGUUUUCCUGAUUUAAAACAAUUAUUCACUGAAGUGGAGGUGGUGAGUGGUGGUAAAUAUCCCCCACUGGCCGCUGACACUGAGGUGAAUAAUUGUUUUAGUAUAUACGAAAGCAGUGAGAUCAUUGAGCACAAAAUUAAAAUGAUGGAUUUUUUAAAAACUCAUUUACUGCUACCAACGACAAAAUUUGGCACGCAAAUGUCAUGUUUCCUUGCCGACAAAUUACACUUUUCAAGGCAUUUGUUUAGUUAUUAUGGGAAAAUUUCAGUAAAAGGAUUUAUGAAUUCUUUUUGUAUUUGAAACCAUUCUGUAAAGAACUAUUAAAUUUAGUUUUAAGAUUACUUAUGAACAUGUCAGCUAAAUAAAAUAAUCCAAGCUUCCGAACCGAAAUUCGUCAAUUUCCGGAGGGGCCCUUUAAUGGAGGUUCUAUUAUGCGUUACGAGUUUGGGGGACUUUUGGAGGGGCUUAUACAUGGUACUUAUUUUCGGAAUUUUACCGUAUCCUUAUGACGUAGUUGGUCAAGCGUUCUUUUGCCCAGUUGUUUUAAACCCAGGCCGGAACACCAAACAGGAUCUCAGCAAAAACUGGUCAGAAGAUUAUGCUGCAAAGCAGCUGCGGGACAGACCUCACCUUAGCUCAAAUAAUCGCGCCGUUAGGCGGAAACAUUAAUCGGUUACCUUGUCUCCUCCUUCCUUCCGGCAGGCGACAAAAAACAGAACGCAAACUGCAGCCCCCCCCAGACAAACCUUCUAAGGGCUUGGUCACGCGUUUCUUCCCUACACGACGAACGCUUGUCGAAGCCAAAAGGAAGUCUGCGUGGGUGGCUAAAGACUGCUCUUUCAGCCUGAAAAGCACCGGGCUCGCAAAGCCGGCGGUGAUGCAAGUUGUGUGGUAUUCCUGCAAUAACAAUCUAUCUCCAAGACAUUUUGGCUUUGUUACUUCUCUUUUCUCUCUCGUUGGAGCCAAUUCACAACUGAAUUCAUUGCUACCCUAAGAGAAAACGUGUUCUAUUCUCACAGAAUCUAUGCUGCAGCAAUCCUUGCCGGAACAACGCCAAAUGUCUCCUUGGGUUUACUGACAAGAAGUAUCUUUGUGUAUGUACAUCGGGAUACACAGGAGAGCACUGUGAAACAGGUAUAGUGGAGAAAUUAAUUGUGACAGGUCAUAUUGCUGGUAACAAUAUGCAAUGAAUAACAAAGCCUUUAAACACCCCACUGAAGGGGAAACAAAAACAGGCUAAUCAGUUUGUAGGGUGGGAAUUUUAACAUUUAACUUCGCCUGUUGAUUCUUCCAGUAAAUAUAACAACGACAGCAAUGAUUUCCAAUAAAAUGCAAGUUGCACGAAGGCGCAGGUCAAAACAAUAACAACUAGCUUCCAAGGUUAACUGGAAAAGCUUGAUGUGCCCCAGUAUAAAUUACCUUUUGUGUCCUUUUGAUUUGAUAAACUGAACGGCGUCAAGCAGCGGAGGCCAUGAUUGCCUUCAAACUGUAAUUUGUACAAAAACCCUUCCGGUAUUGAAAUUACGGACCGCAUCAGCAAUGGUUCACAGGUAACAACCAAGUGUGCAAUCAACAACACGUUUACUUUGAUGUAAAAAGUAUCAGGUUAACUUUUUUGCUCUUCAUAUCAUUUAGAUAUUAGCCUGUGAACAGGCCUUUGGUCGAGCAGGGAAUUAGGGAGAGGGAAAAGCGAAAAGGCUUGUGGACAAGCCUUUGGGACCGCCGUUCCACGGUACCCGCUGUGCAUCAGAUCCUGAUGCAAGUUCUUCUUGGCGAGAACACUGACUGUUGAAAGGUCUGAUUGACAUCGGCUUUUCGGUCGGCACGUAACACGCGUUUGGAAAUAACAAAACACUCCAAAGACUGUUGUUCAAAAGCUAUUACCCAGGGAGGAACUACGCGCUCCGGUCAAAAGACUCACACUAUCUAAUGGAUAGAAAAACACUAGGCUGGAGUUUACCGAGUCAAAAUGCAAUUCUCCAUAGUUGAUGUAGCUUCGGUUUAAGCUGCACUUGAAUCUUAUAACUUUGGAUCUGUAAAUUACUCUCCGUGAUCAUUUUAAACAUUCUGCAAAGAAACUAACGACCUGGGCCCAGCGUGAUACAACAUUUCAGAAAAACAUAACAUUUACGGACUAAAGAAAAUCGUUUAGUUAUUCAGAUCCAGAGGGCACUUUGGAGAAAAGUACGACCCUUAUUCAGCCGCAAUAAAAAGCUUUACGCUUCAAAAGAGGUCAAAGAAAAUGCUCUUGCAUCAGAGCAUGGAGGGCAAAUCCUGCCGACCAGAGACAAAAACCACAGUAAAUCGAUAUGUAUGCCAUGACCUCUCAGUGUGAAACCAGCGGCUAAAACCAUAUUUGCUCAGUGAAAAUGUAGAACCUUCCAGAGCAUAAUCUACCGAGCAGAGGAAAAAACUUAUGGGAACAGGCAGCAUUUUGGCGUGAGGUAAACGCCGUGUAGGCCUACCGCCCUCUUUUAUUGCUAUAAAUGCGGGAUAAAUACCCAAAGGUGUAAUUCCUGUCGGCGAUCGAAGCGCUGUUGAUUUCUUUGUACUUGUCUUUGGAGGUUCACGUUCUGGAGAAGUCAUGAUAGUAUCCGUACCUUUCGCAUUCCAAGUUCGCUCAUUGCAGGGGCUUGUUGAAUUAGAAACUGAACUAGCAAGACGAACGGCGCGAUGAGCACAAGUUAAGCAGCUUAAAUCGGAAAAGCUUUCUCCUUGCACAAGAGGAAAUCUUGAGCAAUCAAAUGCUUGUGCUAGUACAACGCUGUCUUGGCCACUGUCAACCAGCAAGGUCUUAUUUCUUGAAACGCCAACGACCGGCACCGUAUUAAUUCUCUUACCGGAGAUCAACGAUUUUUUUCAAAAUCGACAAUUAGGCUCGCGGUCCAUUUCACUUUGUUUUGAGACGAAGCAAAACACGGAUGUUUUCCCUUUUCCCAGGAGUUACUCACGCGCGAAAUUGAUUGACAGAUAACGAUCUUACUGACAGAUGUUCGGCAAGAUAAUUACAAGAGGGCGGAAUAGCGGCCUCAAACGUGUGUCUACGGGCUCUCUCCCCCCUUCCCUUCCCUUUCCUUGCUAUUUUUUUCCCCAAACAGAGAGCCUGUUCACAGGCUAUUAGAUAUCGAUGAAUGCAGCAUCGGAAGCCAUGAUUGCCAUCAAAAUGCAAAAUGUAUAAAUACCGCUGGACAUUUUAAUUGCAGCUGUCAAACAGGAUUCACAGCAAAUGGUCGUCUGUGUCAGGGUAAAAAAUAUCUUUUAUUCCAUAAUCUGCUCGUUUGCCUGCAUCUUGAGACUACUCGAUUUACUUUUUCCAUGUUUUCCGGGUCUCACUGGAAACGGGAGAAAUUGUUCAGGUCAGGUGAAGCUAUAAUUUUUUUUCAUUUGUCAAACGAUAACCUAGGGAGUCCCCCCAACCAACCUCCUUCAUCCUCUCAAGAAAGCUUGGUGACAAGAACCAGGGACAUUAUUUUUUCCAAGUGGAGAGACUCGCCUAGUGACCCUACGAUGGAAAGACGGAAGAGACACUCUUCAUUAUAGUCUUUUCUUCAGAAAAAGUGGAGGGGUAGCUAACGCUUUCUUCCAAGACCCCCUGGAAAAGCUAGAUGUGCCCCAGUAUAAAUUACCUUUUGCGCUCUUUUGAUUUUUUAUUUCUGGACAGCGUCAAGCAGCAGUGGCCACGAUUGGCACCAAACUGCAAUCUGUACAAAAAAAUCUUCGUACAUUUUAAUUCCAGGCCGUAUCAGCAAGGGCUCGAAGGAAACGACCAAGUGUGCUCAAUGUAUAAUAGUGAAUAAAAGUUCCUUUUACUUUUAGAACAACACGUUUACCUUGAUGUAAAAAGUAUCAGAUUAACUUUUUUGCUCUUCGUAUUAUUUAGAUAUCGAUGAAUGCAGCAUCGGAAGCCAUGAUUGCCAUCAAAAUGCAACUUGUGUAAAUACCGCUGGACAUUUUAAUUGCAGCUGUCAAACAGGAUUCACAGGAAAUGGUCGUCUGUGUCAGGGUAAAAAAUACCUUUUAUUCCAUAAUCUGCUCGUUUGCCUCCAUCUUGAAACUACUGGAUUUAUUUUUUCCUUGUUUUCCAUCUGUUACUCGCCGACCAGAUAUCGAUGAAUGCAGCAGCGGCGGCCACCAAAAUGCAUUUUGCGUGAUGCCAAGAACGCGGAACAUUAUUUUUUACAAGUGGAGGGACUCCUAGUAACUUACGAGAAAAAGGCUGAAGAGACACUCGUCAUAGUUGUCUUUCCUUCGGAAAAAGUGGAGGGGGAGUUAACGCUUCAUUGGCGAUUUUACAACAACCGUCGACAAGAAAAAAUGAGCAUGUUUAGCAUUUCAGUGGCAAACGUUGUAAACCAUUAUUUACUCUAAACGGCCACUGAUCUGCGCAAUGGAAGAAGAAGGAGAAAUUCAUUUUCUUUUGUUUUUUUGCUCCCUGUUUUAUUCAGAUAUCGAUGAAUGCAUCAACGGCAGCCAUGAUUGCCAUCAGCAUGCAAUUUGUGUAAAUGCCGCUGGACAUUUUAAUUGCAGUUGUCAGGCAGGAUUCACAGGAAAUGGCCGCCGUUGUCAGGGUAACAGUAGCCCACGUUCGAUAUAUUAAAAUUCUUACAUGAAUCAGGGGCUUUCUGGUCAUUUUUCUUCAUUAGGUUUGGUUUUCUUUGUGCUUAAGGCCCUGUUUACAAGGAGGGAGGGUAACCCUGGUGCUAGGGUUGCUUGUAAACCAGAGCUAACUUUAACCCGCUUGCUAGGGUAGCCACAGCAAAAGGGUAACCCUCUCUCCUUGUAAACAGGCCCUAGGCCUCUUAUGGGAAUUGCGAGGCAAUGAAGUCGUGAAAUAUUUGCAAUUUUGACUCUAAAGCCUCGGAGUCGCGUCAGAAUUUUAAUAUAUCGAACAUGGGAUAAUGAAAUCUUGGAGUUGUUAUUUUUAGUAUCGACAAACCUACUCGUAUUACUUAAACAUCAAGGUCGUUUUUGGAUCUAUGCAUCACUUCCUCUACAUUCUGAUGUGAUACGGUUCGGUUUUUGUGAUCACGAUCUAGUUUACUUGGUUUAAAAAUCCAACACAAUGAAAUAAAUUGGAAUUAGAAACUUCAGAAAAAUUCAGGAUUUGAGAUAACAAAAAAAAACCUGCGAACCUCUAAAUCUUAAAAAUGACGUUGAUGCAAUGCGGAUCUGUUGGAAAAUAAUGUUUCUAGAAGUUUUGGAUAGAAACGCCCUAUACGAAAAAAGCCGGUCAGGAACAAACUAUCUAGUCUCCCCUAAGUAAAUAGCAAGAUUACGCAACAAAUGAGGGAGCGAGAUCGUCUAGCUACGAUAAACGAUAAAGAGAACCGAGGAUAACAAUUGGUCUCUAUAUUUCCGCUAGAAAUGCUGUAAACAUUGCUCUAUGACAAGCAAAAUGAAAUUCGUAUAAACAUAACAACUUUCUUUAAUUUCUUGAUUUUCCAGACAUGUUUUGACGGUACACUGUCCGUCAUCAUCAGUGUUACAUAUUUUGAAAUCGCCGUUGAAUUUAAAGCGCGCGCGAUCUUACAAAGUUUUUUACAUUGCAUUGCGUUGUCAAUAUUGCGUACUAAAACAAAAAACAUUAACCUGACUCUCUCCCUGUAAAGAACUAAGCGUCACUCACUUAAUUUUUUUUUUGUUUUAGUACGCAAUAUUGACAAUGCAAUGUAACGAACUUUGUAAGAUCGCGCGCUUUAAACAGUUUAAAUUCAACGGCGAUUUCAAAAUAUGUAACACUGAAGAUGACGGAUGUACCUUCAAAUUGUGUCUGGAAAAUUAAAGAAAGUUGUUAUGUUUAUACGACUAUCUCUAUUGUUGCUGCUAUCUAGACAAAAUGGAAUUAUUAUGCUAGAAUCAACUUGAAAAUGAGCGUGGCGAUCCAAAGCAAGGGUGAAGAAUUAUCAAUAGCAUUUCCGGGCGUAAUAAUCAACAGCUUGUCUCUCUGAGGCAUGAUACUGUUAGUGAAAUUGAGUUAGACAAACAAACAGUUUCCAUCCCCUCAAUCCCCAGACUAUCAAAUAUCUUUACAGAAUUAAAGCCCAUAAACCAAUAGUAAUCGUAAUCUUGGAACUAAGCCAGAAAGAUUGCCCUUCCUCUGCCCAAAAGAUGGGCAAAGACGUGAAAUUGUGAGACCGUUACGUCAUUUAAAACUGAAAUCAAAUCCCAUUGGCCUUUGGGUCACUGCUGGGGAAUAUAUGUCACUGGUAUGUUUUUAGAUAGCAUACAGCCUGGAUAGCAUAUAUAAAAUUUAAGUCAGAUUCUGUUUAUUUCUUUUAGAAUAUUUAAUGUAUAGAAUAUAGUCUAAAGUUUAUAAUUUUCGUAGCGUUUAGUUUAGAUUGUAUAAUUUGAUAUUUUGUCAUUAUUAUUUGUAAUGGUAUAAACAGGACUGAGUGGAGUCCAGUUCGGUCUGUAAUCAUACGAGUGAUUAACAAAAUCGGACGACCGCGUAGCGGGAGUCUGAUUUGUUUAAUCACGAGUAUGGUUACAGACCGAAUUGGACGACACGAAGUUCUGUUACCAAUUAAUCAUAACUUUAACAAAAUUUGUGAUAUAAAUUUUUUAAAUCAAAACACAAAAAAUUCGAAAUUUUGUUUUGCUAGCAGUGAAAAAAAGAAGCCAUUUAAGCGCGCGCGUGAUGGCGCGUACUUUCCAAUUACUUAGGCAUGACGCGUACUGUCCUAUUAAACUGUCCAAUAGCCUGAGUAUCAGGCCUUCCUAAGGGGAUGGGGGAGAGGAGGUUUUUGAUGGGGCAGGGGGAAGGGGGGAGAAGAGAAAGGAAGGCCUGACACAAAACCAUUCAGCACAUCGUGUGACACAUCCAGAUUCUGGAUGUGGUAGUGAUUGGAUAACACACAAUACGCCCUGACGUCACCGACCGCAAGUAAACACGAGCAGAGUGUUAUGAUUUCAUGUGGUAAUUUUAUGGAUAGAGACGCAGAGAUGAAUUCAAAGAGACUCUAGAGGGAGCUCUCAAGUUCUUUCCGGGAAUAAAAAUAAAACCCGAGCAAGAAUUAUGUUUUCAAAGCCUCGUAGUUAAAAGGAAAGAUGUUCUCGGAGUAUGGAAAAGCCUCAUAUACCAGCUUCUGCCGAAACUAUGUCCGAGUAUUGGUUUCACAAGACCAGGACAAAGAAGACGAUAUCAGUGCUUCAGAUAUCUAAGUUUUGAUUUGCAACAUCCUGCCGCUAAAAGGGUAUUGUUACUGUAAAUAAAAUUAGAGCGAGGUAGCCAUGUAUUGAGAAUAGCCGACAGCACCAAGGCUUUAGCUUGACUUUAGAUUUUCUCUCGGACGAUUUUCGGCCUGAUCUACAGCAGCUCAUUAACGGCCAGAUUCUCAGGAACCUGCUUAUUAAUGAGCGCCGCUGUCGUAACUCUGUAAACAAAAGCAGUUUACAGUUUUCCGGCCACACGUUUAUUUACAAACAGAGCGUUGGCGAUCUUACAUUAGCACAAUUCCUAAAACAUGUUACAAAACAUGUUAAAAAACGGCAGGUUUUCCAUUACAAGUAUUCGAAAACUCCUCAUUGGAGGUUUUAGAAAAAGCGAAAUCGUCGCAACACAGACACCAGAGCUCGGCCAGACCGUAUGGUGAGAUUUAUUUUAGGCGAGCUUUUUGACACGUGAAGCUGACAACUCAAUGACCGGAUGUGAUUUUGAUUGGAUGGUAUCGAAUCAUGCUGUGUGGGGGUGGAAGGUUCCAGUAAAAGCAUCUGUGUCAGGCGUUUCUCUCCUUCAGCUGUCUCCCUUUUUCGCUUCCAUCUUUCCCCUUUUCCCCCAGAAACGCCUGAUACUCAGGCUAACUGUCCAAUUAAGGCUAAAAUCAGGGCAGUUGAUAGCCAAUCAGAUUUGACAAUUUUGUUAUAGUUAUGAUUAUGUUAGUUAUACGUUUUGCACGCCUCUAAUGGAAGCCCAGCUUUAGUUGAGUUAGGCUAGAAUGGCUACAUAAAGUUUAUCCCCACUCUCUUAUCUUAUCUUAUCUUAUCUUAUCUUAUAAAAUAAAAUAAAAUAAAAUAAAAUAAAAUAAAAAUACCUUUAACUCGUAAGGUGGACGUUUAUCUUAAAACCAUCAGAUUUACAUUUUCUUGCUCUUUUCCCUAUGUCCGACCCUAUGCUACCUAGAUACCGAUGAAUGCAACAACGGCAGCCACGAUUGCCACCAAAAUGCAACUUGUGUAAAUACUGCUGGACACUUUAAUUGCAAGUGUGAACCGGGUUUCACUGGAAACGGGCGGAAUUGUUCAGGUAAAGUUUUCUUUUUUACAUUUGUGCGAUGA